GGAGGGUUCAGAGAUCUGACGCAGUGUGAGCGGCUGCCUCACUUCCACUCCCCGCUCCCAGGAAGAGACCCAGCGGCUCAGAAAGCUCCCAGAAACACACAGAUAUCCGGGGAGGGAGCUCCAGAGGACGGCGCGUUGUGGCGAUGAGGACGCACCCGCGGCACCGGACCUCGGAUUCGGGAUGAAACCCGGAGCUGUAACCGCGGUGGUUUGUUUUCAUUGUGUGCUGAGUGGCGCAGGAGAAAAGGAUGCCUCCGCGGCCACAGACACUCCUCCUGCUCCCAUCGAAAAGCUUGAUUAUUUCCCGACAUAAAGUGAAUUUUCUCUCCUCUCUGACGGAGGGUUUGUUGUUCAGGAGCGCGCUGAUUUCUGAGGCACACCGUCCGCCAUGCUGGCCGCUCCGUAUCCAUGAAAACCCUCAAUGAAAACAAGGAAGAGGAGGAGGAGGAGGGGUCCGGCUGCAACGCCAUGGAGGACAAGGAGAACAAUCUGAAAACGGCCAGGUUGUGGAGGGAUGCCGCCCUCCGCUCCAGGAAGCUGCGGAGCAACCUGCGCCAGCUCACCCUCUGCUCCAAAGACAACCAGAUCAUACUGCCGGAGGAUAUAGCCGAGAUAGAGGUACUCAAUCUGGGCAACAACUCCCUCCAGGACCUGCCAGACGGGCUGGGAUCCACCCUCAACAACCUGCGCAUCCUUGUCCUCCGCAGGAACAAGUUCACAGCUGUUCCCCGUGUGGUGUUUGAGCUGGGGCAGCUGGUGGAGCUCGACAUGAGCCACAACUGCCUGCGAAGCCUCUCUGAAGGUGUGGGUCAGCUGAAGGGGCUGAAGAAGCUAUGCAUCAGUCACAACAAAGUCCAGUAUCUGCCGGCUCAGAUCGGAGCGCUUCAGUUUUUGGAGGAACUUGACAUCAGCUUCAACGACCUGCACGAUUUCCCCAGAUCUUUGUCCAGCCUCACCAAGCUGCGCACUCUGGAUGCAGAUCACAACAAGCUGAACCAGUUCCCCCCUGAGAUCCUGGCCCUCAGCGAGCUGGAGGAACUCGACUGCUCCGGGAACAAGUUCGAGGCGUUACCAGCAGACAUCAUGAAGCUGCAGUCCGUCAAAAUCCUCUGGCUCAGCAGUCUUCACAUGUCCACGUUACCCGACACAUUCUGUCGCCUGCACAACCUGGAGAGCCUGAUGCUGGACGGGAACAACCUCACAGUGCUGCCUGCUGCUUUUGGUCAUCUGCAAACGCUCAAAAUGAUCAAUUUGUCCUCUAACGACUUUGAGAACUUCCCCCAGGUUAUUUUAAGCAUCACAGGGUUAGAGGAAAUUUACCUGAGCAGGAAUAAACUGACUCAUAUUCCUGAGGAAAUCGGGCAGCUGGUGAAGCUGGCCAACCUUUGGCUGGACAACAACAACAUCACAUAUCUGCCUGAUUCUAUCGUGGAGCUGGAGAAGUUGGAGGAACUUGUUUUACAGGGUAACCAAAUAGCCAUACUUCCUGAUAAUUUUGGAAAGCUGUCCAAAGUGAACAUUUGGAAGGUGAAGGAUAACCCUCUCAUCCAGCCUCCGUAUGAGGUGUGCAUGAAGGGGAUCCCUUACAUCGCAGCCUAUCAGAAGGAGCUUGCACAUUCGCAGCUUGCUGUGAAGCCGCGGCUGAAACUGGUCCUGAUGGGGAUGAAAAACGCUGGGAAAACCCGUCUCAGGCAGAGCGUGGUGAGCAGACAGCAGGAUGUUAAAGGAAUCCAGGGAAACAAAGGAAUUGAAGUCACUAACUGGGUGGCAGAUGCUGAUCGCUGUCUUACAUUUCUAGUGUAUGAUUUGUCAGGGAAGCAAAACUACGACCUCAUCAAACCCUUUUUUCUCUCCCCCGGUGCUCUCUACAUUCUCGUUGUGAAUCUCAAAGCAUAUUCGCCCAAGAACUUUUAUGCCCACGUCGGGUAUUUCCUCCACCUCCUCAGUGCCAAAGUACCCCACGCUGUUGUGUGCUUGGUGGGCACACAUGCAGACCAGUGUGGAGAGGUGGAGGUGGAGGAGAAGAGUCUGGACAUUCACAGACAGAUCGGCCUGCAGGAGAAGAGGGACAUCCAGAGCCUGAGGAGCCUGGCUCUGCAGGUGGACCAGGCGCUGGAGCAGGGCUACAACGUCCGCUUCUCCAGCCCUCACGUCCUCUUCUACGGAGUCUCUGACAGGAACCUGAGGCGGAGGAAAGCCCAGCUGCAGUACAUGCUGAACCACCGGCUGCAGAUCCUGUCUCCUGUGCUGAGUGUCAGCUGCACGGAGACCCAGAGGAACAUCCAGAGGCUGAGGGAGAAGCUCAUGUCUGUCGCAGACCACAGGGACAUCUUCCCCAACCUCCACCGCGUGCUGCCAAAGUCCUGGCAGAUGCUGGAGGAGUUGCACUUUAAGCCCAAAGACCUGUGGCUCUCGUGGUGGGACUCGGCCCGUCUGGGCCUCCAGGCGGGGCUCACGGAGGACCGUCUGCAGAGCGCCUUAUCCUACCUGCAUGAGAGCGGGAAGCUGCUCUACUUUGAGGACAGCCUCACCCUGAAGGAGUAUGUUUUUCACAAUCUUCCACGAUUCAUUGCAAUUCUCAACGUCUUCUUCCAGAGGGAUGAGUCCACACUGCUGGACAGGCUCCUCUCUGAGGGGGAGAGGGGGAACAAGGGGAGGGUGAGUCUGGUUAUAGAGGACGAGAAGGGAGAGAACCUCAGGGUGACCCAUCUGCAGCACCAUGUGGAGGGCUUCCUCCAACACGGCCUUUUGCCCUCCAACGUCAUCCGCCUGCUCCUCAGACCGCUCAUCCAGACCCAGCAGGACCUCCACCUCAUCAUGGAGCUUCUGGAGAAGAUGGGGAUCUGCUACUGCAUCAACAAACCCCGCAGCAAGCCUCUGAACGGAGCCACAGUGUGGUACAAGUUCCCCAGCUACGUCAGCAGCGAGGAGGCCCGGGCGGAGGCCUCGGCCGGCGGGACCCCCCUGCCUCUGUGUCACUUCUUCUCUGUGGAGCAGCUGCACAUCCAGUACAGCUUCCCUUUCCUGUUUCCUCCCGGACUGUUCGCACGCUUCAGCGUGCAGAUAAACAGCCACGUGGUUCAGAGGUCGGACGGCAGGCACCAGAUCUUCGCCUAUCGAGGUAAAGUCCCCGUGGUGAUCAGCCACCGGCCCUCCAAAGGGAAGCUACAGGCAGAGACUCUGUCCAUCGCCAGCCAGGCCUCGCUGCCCAACAUCUGGACUGCAUGGCAGGCCGUCACUCCGCUGGUGGAGGAGCUGAACGUGCUGCUGCAGGAGUGGCCCGGCCUGCACUACUCCGUACAUAUUCUCUGUUCCAAGUGCCUCAAGAGAGGGUCGUCCAGCCCACACGCCUUUCCAGGUGAGCUGCUGAGCCAGCCGCGGCCCGAGGGUCUGACCGAGCUCAUCUGUCCAAAGAACGGCUCGGAGCGGGUCAACGUGGCUCUGGUUUACCCCCCGACACCCACCGUGGUCAGCCCCUGUCUCAAGUGAGCCGAGGGCCGGCUCGUCUGUCACCAGAGCCUCCGCCUCCACCUGUGACUGUCUCCGCUGCACCGCCUCAUCAGCCUGCUUCACCCCCCCCCCCUCCCAACACACACAGCCUCAGUCCGGCUGCAUCACACUGAACUGAACCUCCAGCUGGAGCAGCACACCGGAUCUCUGAAUCUCGUUCGCGUUUCUGACGCCUCAUCACGGCGACGCCGACCUCGACGAGCACAACCUUCAGCGCUGCUGCCUUCACUGACCCACCGCGGCUCACACGUCUCAGUGUUUGGAAAGUCACUGCUGCAGUCUCCUGCCAGAACUCUGAAAGACUGUUAACGGGUGUUUGAAUCAUUUCUAACAUUUACGGAGGACGAAACUACAAACCUUUUUAACACUGAGAAACCUGUUAAAUAGUGGGCCAGACUUCUGCCACGUCUCACCUCUGGGAGGACUCUGAGGUCAGGAAAGACUGAAAUAUUCUGCAGUAUCUUUAAACGUCUGGCCCUGAAGGGAGCAUGUUGUAUUCAGGUGCAAGAAGAGUAACUUUCCACGUGUAAAUAUUUCUGCGUGCUGAAGGCGUCGGGGCUGUCGCUGUGUCCGGAGCUGAGCUCUGGUUUAAGGUCGAAACUUCUGCGGAGUGGAACUAAACACCAGCAGAGGUGCUGCACACCUGCGUUACCUUCUUCUUUCUCUGAGAGUCACAUGUUCAGACUGAUCCCACUCUCGUGUCUGUACGGUAAAUAUGAAGCUACAGCCAGCAGCCGGUUAGCUUAGCUUAGCAUAAAGACUGGAAACAGGGGGAAACAGCUAGCCCGGCUCUGUCCACAGGUAACAACGUCCACCUGCCAGAGGCGCUAAAGCUCAGUGAUGAACAUGUUAAUGUUUAGCUGCACCUGUUCUAAAGCACAGCUAAGCUAGCCAGAUGCUAAGUGACCCAGCUACAGCUCCAUGUCCACCUCUGUAACACAACUGCAGCAAUCUCCCCUCUUCCUGUACGGAGGUUUGGUUCAGCGUGAGACGAACCGAUGUAAAGUUAACGCACGACAUUUUAUGCCACGGAUGUCAGAGUUCAGUGGGGUUUGUACAGAUAUUUAUCUACACUGAGAGAUUUCAUUUCCUCACAAACUGUCCAAAACGAAAGACUGUAUAUAAAUGAAUGAAUGAAUGAAUACGAGGUGAUGUUGGUGUGUGGAAGGAAGGUGUUUUUCACGUCACGUGGUCGCUGAAUUCGUUUCUCACUGUUAAAGGAAAAUGGACGUGUGCUCUCUUUGUCUGAUGUAAAUAAUAUCUUUAUUUUUGUAUGUUGACACGAGGUGUCACCACUCGAGCUUUGACGUUAUUUCCAGUGAAUGUUGUGCAUGACUCACUGUGAGAGUGCACACGGGGUUUUAUAUGUAGCUGCUUUCAACGUCUCACAGUACAACAUGAAAUACCAAAUGCAAAUAAACCAAUAACUGGCUUUAGUACCACUGAA